CGAUAGAAGACAAGUUGUACCCUCGAUCGACGCCUAAACCAUCUCUGCAGCAUCAACAGAGAGACUUGGAAGGUCUGGCGAUGGAGGAAGAGAAGCACGCAGCUGCGACGGAGUCGGAGGAGUACGAGGACUUGCUGCCGGUGAUGGCCGAGAGGCUGGAAGCGGAGCAGUUCGUGUCGGAGCUGUGCGGGGGCUUCCGGUUGCUGGCGGAGCCCGGGAGGGGGGUCAUAACGCCGGAGAGCCUGAGGAGGAACGCGGCGGCGCUGGGGAUGGCGGGGAUGACGGCGGAGGAUGCGGCGGCGAUGGUGAGGGAAGGGGACAUGGACGGAGACGGGGCGCUCGACGAGAAGGAGUUCUGCGUGCUGAUGGUGAGGCUGAGCCCGGAGAUGAUGGCGGACGCCGAGGCGUGGCUGGAGAAGGCGAUCGAGAGGGAGGUGUUGAGACCCACGGCGUGAUUGUUGGAAGAUGUUGGAGAUCAUAAAUCUGCGUUAAUAAACGUGGUUAGAUGCUGAUCAUCGAUCGGAUGCUGUAAAAGGCUGCAGCACCUCUUCGACAAUCAAUGUAGAUUUCUCCUAUUUGAUGGAAAACAUGCGACGCAAUAAAAUGGUCUAUAAUUUCGUAUCACUGA